CUGUUAAAAGCUCUAUCUGUUAAACGCUCUAUCAUUGGUGUGACCAGCAGUAGUGUACAUACAUGCAGGCUGCGUUGCCAACUACCUACAACACACAAUCGAUAUCAGAAUAUAAAACUACUCAUACACUUAUCGAUGCUUCUCUUCUACUUAUGGCGCGAUUAAAGUCUUUGGAAUUGUUGCAUAUUUCUUUGAAUGAAAGCUGUCUUGAAAUGUUUUCGCCCCGUCUUCGUCGCACACAGAAGCUACUGCGCUAAUCCCGUCCAGGAAAUGAAGUUCCUAAAUGUGGCGGAAAAGAACGAUGCCGCCAAAACCAUUGCUGGAUUGCUGUCCAAUGGAUCGGCACGUCGGCGCGAGGGCUACUCAGUGUACAAUAAGGUGUACGACUUUGAGGCUCCUGUGCGCGGUCAGAAUGCCAAAAUGGUCAUGACCUCCGUAUCCGGACAUCUACAGCAGCUGGAAUUCAUGGUUUCCUACAAAAACUGGCGUGUGGUGGAUCCGCGUUCCCUGUUCGAUGCGCCGGUGCGAAAAACCGUUGGUUCGGACUAUGAGCCUAUUAAGAGAACUCUGGAGCGCGAGGUGCGCGGCUGUCAAGGAUUGAUUGUCUGGACGGAUUGCGAUCGCGAAGGGGAGAACAUCGGCUUCGAGAUUAUAGAUGUUUGCCGUGCCAUAAAGCCUAAUCUUACGGUUUACCGAGCCAUUUUCUCGGAGAUCACAACAGUGGCGGUGCGUCGCGCUCUCCAGCAACUAGGACAACCAGACAAAAGGCAAAGCGAUGCCGUGGAUGUGCGCACGGAACUGGAUCUCCGGACUGGAGCCGCCAUCACCCGCUUUCAGACCAUGCGUCUCCAGCGAUUGUUCCCCGAGAAGAUCGCCGACAAGCUCAUCUCGUACGGCAGCUGCCAGAUUCCCACUUUGGGAUUCGUUGCUGAGCGCUACAAGGAGGUGGAGGCCUUCGUUUCGGAACCCUUUUGGAAGAUUAAAGUAUUGCACACCAUUGACGACUUGACCGUGGAGUUUAAUUGGGCACGCAAUCGUCUCUUCGAUAAGGAAGCAUGUGAAAACUACCUUCUACUUUGCCUGGCCGAGCCAGAACCUCGAGCGCUUGUCGAGAGCGUUACCGUCAAGCCUAAGCACAAAUGGCGUCCUACUCCGCUGGAUACCGUGGAAAUGGAAAAGCUUGGCUCAAGAAAACUCAAGCUGUCGGCCAAGGAGACCAUGAGCAUAGCCGAGAAACUAUAUACCAAAGGUUUCAUCAGCUAUCCCCGCACAGAAACCAACCAGUUCUCCAAGGAAUUCGCUUUGGCGCCGCUCGUUGAGAUGCAAACGGGUCACCCCGACUGGGGAGCCUUUGCACAACGAGUGGUGGAGUGGGGCCCGAAUCCCCGCAAUGGCAACAAGUCGGAUCAGGCGCAUCCUCCCAUUCACCCCACCAAAAUGGCGGACAAUUUGCAGGGAAACGAGGCUCGGGUCUACGAACUGGUGGUCCGACACUUCCUUGCCUGCGUGAGCAAAGAUGCGGUUGGUUCCGAAACGCUUGUGCACAUCGACAUUGCCGGUGAGAAGUUUACGGCCAAUGGUCUUGUUAUUCAUGAGCGCAACUACCUGGACGUUUACGUAUAUGACAAGUGGAGUGCCAAACAGAUCCACCACUAUGAAAAUGGUCAGCGUUUUGAGCCCACGGAAGUGUCGCUGCACGAAGGAGCCACCACUGCGCCGCCUUUGCUGACUGAAGCGGAUCUGAUUGCGUUGAUGGAGAAGCACGGGAUUGGCACAGAUGCCACGCACGCUGAGCACAUAAACACGAUCAAAGAGCGCGGCUACAUCGGAGUGCUGGACAAGGGCUUCCUGGUGCCCGGCGUCAUAGGCAUGGGUCUGUACGAGGGCUAUGAUGCCAUGGAGUUGGCUUUGGCUAAACCCCAGCUGCGAGCGGAGUUCGAAUCGGAUCUGAAACUAAUUUGCCAAGGGCAAAAGGACCCCAAAGUGGUGCUGGCCGAACAGAUAGUCAAGUACAAGCAGUCCUACCAGCAGAUUACCGACAAGAUCACCGCCAUGGAUGCGAAGAUAGCGGCUCGCAUUAAUGAAAGGCCAUCUUCUGGUCAGGAGGGAGCCGAUGCAGGUGGUCAGAAUCAACCCACCAUGCAGACCCUCUUUCAGUGCCCAAAGUGCAAUGUGGCGCCUUUGGCUCUCAAGGCAAAGAAGAACCAGCAGGGUUGGUUCAUUAGCUGCACAAACUUCCCCGACUGCAAGAACGCCAUCUGGCUGCCAACGGAGUGCAAGGAUGUGACCUUGCUGGACGAGUGCUGUCCGAAUUGCGGCGAUAGCCAUCGAAUGCUCAAGUUCCGGUUCGCCACGCCCUACUACCGAGGGGUGUUCAAUACGCCAAGCGGUUGGUACAAGACUUGCCUGCCCUGCGACAAUCUAUUUCGCACCACCUUCAACAUCAAUUUGGAUUCGGUGAAGAGAGUUGGUGGCAUUGUGGGCGAGGCGAGAGGAGGAGGCUGGGGUCCCGGACCAGGACCGGGAGGCGGUGGUGGAGGAGGUGGCUCUGGCGGAGGAGGAGGAGGAGGUUCUGGCGGAGGAGGGGGUGGUUCAGGCGGUUGGGGCAGCGGUGGCAGGGGACCAGGUGGCGGUGGUUCGAGCUCUGGAAGCGGACCAGCUAAUCCUUCAGGUGGAAAGCAAAAAAAACCUGACAACGGACCUAAAAAACCUGCAACCAAAAAACCUCCCAGCGAACCGAAGCCUAAAAAGGCUCCAAAAGCAAACGCAACUAAAAACGCAAGUAAUAAAUCCUCCGGAAGCUUACGCAGCUAUUUUACCAGUGCAUCUGCAACAAAUUCACCGACCAGCGGAAUGGAUGGAUUCUUCGAUAGCAAUGAUGGUUUCGAAGAAGCCAUGUUGGCUGCUGCGGAUUGUGUAGAAUCAAGUCAAUCCCAGCCCAAACCCAGCAACUUAGUGCCACUAGAUGAUGACAUUGCCGCUGCCUUCGCUGCCGACGAUGAUGCCGAUUUCGAGGCUUUGGUAAAUGGAGGAAAUGCACCCGAUCAACUGGACACAAGCCUGUCGCAAUGGGUGCGCGAGCAGGAUGCAGCUGAUGAAAGACCCAUAACUUGGGGCAGUCGAGAGCGGUAUGGCACGGCGGCUCCUACUCCUCCGCCGAAACCGGCAGCCAAACGACCAAGAUGGGGCAGUGACGAAUGGAACACUCCUCCCCCAGCGGCAACCGAACCGGAAACAGUUCUGUGCUCCGGAUGCCAGCAGCCAGCCCGCCAGCACACCGUGCGCAGGGAUGGACCCAACCAGGGCAGGCAGUUCUACAAGUGCCCCAAACCGGAUGAGUGCAAAUUCUUUCAGUGGGCUGAUGAUCCUGCAUCCUCAUCUCGAAGUAGUGCCGCUCAGACGACAACUAGUGCAUCUUCCUGGGGCUCCAAUCGAGUGGCCACAUUGCAGAGCACUAGCCAGAGCAGCUAUCCGCGUGGCCAAACAGGCAUGCGUUCCAACUCAAGCAGCACGGUCACCAUAACCCAAACGAAAACGAAGCAGGAGAGGAGUGCCACGACCACAACUGCAGGCGAUGGGCAGGAGGUGAAGUGCAAUUGUGGUCAGGUGGCUAGCAACUUGACCGUCCGAAGGGAUGGACCCAACCAGGGCAGACCAUUCUUUGCCUGUCCCACGCGGGAAAAGUCUUGCGGCUUCUUCAAGUGGGGUGACGAGGACCAAAACCAAGGUCCCAGCAGCAGUUCCAGUUCAUCUUGGGGAUCGGGCAAUCGAAAUCCACCAGGACGUGGUCAAUCCUCGGCUUCCACAUCGGAUGGUCCAAAAACACGUAAAUGUGGCCUUUGUCGAAAGGAGGGGCACACCCGAAACAAAUGUCCUCGCAAGGAUGACUUUGAUAUGUAGAUGAGGAAUACCUGCCGCAAAACAGAUUUGCAAGAAGCAAAAAUGUAUUUUCAUGUACAUUGCAUAACAGAUAGAUUUAGUUUUUUUAUUUAAAAGUAUCUUUUGAAAACAUUUGAUUAAAGCCUUAUGAAGCCAAGAAAAAGUAGUGUCGACGAAUUAAAAUGCUGAAUUUAUAAUUUAAA